UGUGUCUCUGAAUAUCAACGAAAAUUCACGAUGAAAUUGUUACUAGUUCUACUUUUCGUGUACGUCGUUUCCGCCACACGAUGCAUCAUCAGGGACGACAAGGACGAGCCAGAGGUUCACGUGAUCCGCUUAGGGGAUCGCAGCAGUGGAGAGUCAGACGAGUCGGAGGUCGUAACCUUGCACAUCCCGGACAGCCGUCGCAAGCGGGCAACGAGUGACUCCUGUAAAAAAGACAGCGACUGUUCUGCGGGAAAGCUUUGCGUCCCGUAUUUAGGAUGCAUCAGGGGACACCGGAAGAACCCUAUCUUGCAAAAACACCCCAGCAUUAAUCACUUGGCUAGCAAAGUUCAGUAAUGCAACAACCGAGAAUAUAACUCUAUAGUAAAACAACCUGUACUUGAUGCACUUUCGAUAAUAAAAUAAUUAGCAGCAUUA